UAAAGAAUCGCGGCGGGGGGGUCCCAACCCAGGAAAGCAACGCAGGGACUCCAAGUCUCCAACCCAGCUAUAAAUGUCUGUUGGGAUAAACUGCGGAGACACAGUCAAACUCCCACUCUUCCAACUACCCUUCCAACAACACUGUUGUCUCUCUUUGUUCUCCGAUAUCCUCAUAAUCUGUUGUGGAUAGGCAUCAAAGGUGUUGAGGAAACAAUGGGUUCUUACAAGGCCCAUUACAGUGUUAUUCUUCUUUACUUUUUCCUUGGGAAUUUUUUUGUGCCUCAAUGUAUUGCUAUUGGAGUUGAUGCCAACCAAACGGCAUGGCUGUUCGUAAAUGCUUCUGAAGCAUCAGCACGGCCAAUACCCGAAACACUCUUUGGAAUAUUUUUUGAGGAGAUUAACCAUGCUGGUGCUGGGGGGCUGUGGGCAGAGCUUGUAAGCAACAGAGGUUUUGAAGCUGGGGGCCCUAAUGUUCCCUCAAAUAUUGACCCUUGGUCUAUUAUUGGGGAUGAAUCAUCCAUUAUUGUUUCAACUGACCGCUCUUCAUGUUUUGAACGGAAUAAGAUUGCACUCCGAAUGGAGGUGCUCUGUGACAGUGAAGGUACCAAUAUCUGUCCAGCUGGUGGAGUUGGGAUUUAUAACCCAGGGUUCUGGGGCAUGAAUAUUGAAAAAGGAAAGACAUACAAAGUGGUUCUUUAUGUACGUUCAUUAGAAGCAAUUAAUUUAUCUGUAUCAUUGACGGGCUCAAAUGACUUGCAGACAUUGGCAACUUCUGAUAUUAUAGCUUCCGCUUCUGAUGUAUCAAACUGGACAAAGGUGGAGGUCCUGUUGGAAGCCAAAGCCACAGAUCAUAAUUCAAGACUUCAAUUGAAAACAUCCAGAAAAGGAGUUAUAUGGUUUGACCAAGUGUCAGCUAUGCCCUUGGACACAUUUAAGGGACAUGGUUUCCGAAAUGACCUUUCUGCAAUGAUGGCAGAUUUAAAACCUCGAUUUGUCAGAUUUCCAGGUGGCUGUUUUGUCGAAGGUGAAUGGUUAAGAAAUGCAUUUCGUUGGAAAGCAACCGUUGGACCCUGGGAGGAGAGACCAGGGCACUUUGGUGACGUUUGGAUGUACUGGACUGAUGAUGGGCUUGGUUAUUUUGAGUUUCUCCAGCUAUCGGAGGACCUAGGGGCAUUUCCAGUAUGGGUAUUCAACAAUGGAAUCAGUCAUAAUGAUCAAGUUGAUACGUCGAGUGUCUUACCUUUUGUGCAAGAAGCCCUUGAUGGUAUUGAGUUUGCUAGAGGUGAUCCUCAGUCUAAAUGGGGUUCUGUGCGAGCUGCAAUGGGACACCCAGAACCUUUUGACUUGAGAUAUGUGGCUAUAGGGAAUGAAGAUUGUGGGAAAAAGAAUUACCGAGGAAAUUACCUCAAAUUCUAUAAUGCCAUAAGGCAGGCCUAUCCAGACAUCAAAAUGAUCUCAAACUGUGAUGGGUCUUCUCGACAGUUGGAUCACCCAGCCGAUUUUUAUGAUUAUCAUGUAUAUACAUCGGCCAGCAACUUAUUUUCUAUGUCUCAUCAGUUUGAUCGUACAUCACGUAACGGUCCAAAGGCUUUUGUAAGUGAGUAUGCUGUAACUGGGAAAGAUGCUGGCACAGGAAGUCUUUUAGCAGGACUGGCAGAGGCUGCAUUCCUUAUUGGGAUUGAAAAGAACAGUGAUGUUGUUGAAAUGGCAAGCUAUGCACCACUUUUUGUCAAUACCAAUGACAGACGGUGGAACCCAGAUGCAAUUGUCUUUAACUCUUCACAGCUGUAUGGAACACCAAGCUACUGGGUUCAACUUUUUUUUGCGGAGUCAAGUGCAGCAAAUGUCCUUAAUACAAAACUCCAAACAAAUGCAUCUUCACUUGUUGCAUCUGCAAUUACUUGGAAAAGCUCAAAUGAUAGCAAGAAUUACCUAAGAAUAAAGGUUGUUAACUUUGGAAGUGACAAUGUUAACCUCAACAUCCGCGUGGAUGGUUUGGGGACAAACUCCAUACAGUUAUCCGGAUCAACAAAGACUGUACUUACAUCUGGUAAUAUGGCGGAUGAGAAUUCCUUCAAGGCUCCAAACAAGGUUGUGCCAACUCAGAGCCUGCUUGAAAAUGCUGGAGAGGACAUGAUGGUGGUACUCCUUCCGCGUUCUUUCACGUCAUUCGAUCUGUUAACAGAAGAUUCCAGCAAUCUCAGGACUAGGGGAACUGAUUAUUCCUCAAUAUCUUCUUUUUAAAAUGUAUUUAUAGAGGAAUAAUCAAAUAAACGCAAUAAUUCUCUUUAGAGGGAUGUUAUCGUGUAAAUAAUAUCAAACUUGCUUCUUUUUCUGUUCCAUGGUUGAAUAUUUAUGUUGACUGCUCUUCAUUCUGA